CCUCCAAAAUGGCGGUAUCCAUGAAGAAGGCAGCGCACGAUAUUCAAACACGGAGAAGAACUGAUGAUGUUUUACUGUCUGAAGGGAUUGAUUUUGCUUCUUUGCUUCUUUCACAGUCAGUGCAAAAUGGACUCAUUGCUUCUGGCUUCCAGAAACCUUCUCCAAUUCAGCUGAAAGCCAUCCCGCUGGGAAGAUGUGGCCUCGAUCUUAUUAUCCAAGCCAAGUCUGGCACGGGGAAGACCUGCGUUUUUGCCACUAUCGCUCUGGACUCGUUGAUCAUAGAGAAUAUGACAACACAGGUUCUGGUCCUGGCACCCACCAGAGAGAUAGCGGUCCAGAUCCACUCUGUCGUCAUGGCAAUUGGCAGUGCGAUGGAAGGCUUGGAGUGUCACGUGUUCAUCGGGGGUACCCCUGUGAGCCAGGACAAAAUGCGCCUGAAGAAGUGUCAUGUUGCUGUUGGAUCUCCAGGACGCAUCAAGCAGCUGAUUGAGCUGGGCUUCCUGUCGACAGCCGGCAUCCGCCUGUUUGUGUUGGACGAGGCUGACAAGCUCCUGGAGGAGGGCAGCUUCCAGGACCAAAUCAACUGGAUCUACUCCUCCUUGCCCGUGAACAAGCAGAUGCUCGCCCUCUCUGCCACCUACCCCGAGUCCAUGGCCCAGCACCUGACGCGCUACAUGAGGGACCCCACUUUCGUCAGGCUGAACCCCACUGAUCCUGGCCUGAUAGGCCUGAAGCAGUACUACAGAGUGGUCAAGUCCCACCCGCUGCCCCACAAGAUCUUUGAGGAGAAGGUCCAGCAGCUUUUUGAGCUCUUCAGCAAGGUUCCCUUCAACCAGGCGCUGGUCUUCUCUAAUCUGCACAGCCGGGCCCAGCACCUGGCCGGAGUCCUCACCGCCCGGGGCCUGCCUGCUGCCUGCAUAUCCGGUGGUUUGAGUCAGGACCAGCGCCUGGAAGCCAUGUCCAAACUGAAGCAGUACCAGUGCAGGGUGCUCAUCUCUACUGACCUGACCUCCAGAGGAAUCGACGCAGACAAGGUCAAUCUGGUCAUCAACCUGGACGUCCCAGUGGACUGGGAGACCUACAUGCACCGCAUCGGCCGCGCCGGCCGCUUCGGCACUCACGGGAUAGCAGUAACCUACUGUUGCCAUGGGGAGGAGGAGAACAAAAUGAUGGCCAUAGCUCAGAAGUGCAGCCUGAGCCUGUACCCUUUGCCAGAUCCCGUCCCUCCGGAGCUGAUGGAGGAGUCGUCCGACUGGGGCGUCACCAUGGAGAACCUCAAGGCUGAACCUGCUUUCGAGGUCUCCCCGAGGCCGGACAAGAAGAGGAGGCCGAAAACCGCUUCUGAGCCGAAGGCGUCCUGGGCCGAAAACGCGGGAACGCCAGAGAACGUUCCAGAAAGGUCGGCGUCCAAGAGGCCCAUGAACAGCUCCCACGUGGGGCCGGGGGCAAACGAGGGGACGGAGAGCAAGCCCAAAAAAGCCGCCCCCGUGCUAAAGGCCACGCCUGUCCCCGAAGCCCCUCGGGACCAGACUCGGAGGGAGCUUCAGGAGGCCCUGCCGAAAAUCCCUCCCCUGCCCUCCUUUAAGCCCAGAGCUUCCGUGGUCGCGUCCUUCGAGGACCUGGUGACGGAUUACGAGAGGUUCAUGACCGAGGGCCCGGGGCGGUCGGUGGAGAUAAUCCGUCAGUUCACUGGCCCUAGGGGAGAUGACCAGCUGUGCGUGCUGGAGAGCAGGGAAAUCGUCCAAUCGCAGGACGGCUGUCCCGCAGGGAGGCAUUCCAGCCCCGCCCCGUCUAGGUCACGGUCCCAAAUCAUCGCCCCGUCUAGGUCACGGUCCCAAAUCAUCGCUCCGUCUAGGUCACGGUCCCAAAACCCCGCCCCCUCUAGGUCACGGUCCCAAAGCCCCUCCCCCUCCAGGUCACGGUCCCAAAGCCCCGCCCCCUCUAGGUCACGGUCCCAAAGCCCCUCCCCCUCUAGGUCACGGUCCCAAAGCCCCUCCCCCUCCAGGUCACGGUCCCAAAGUUCCGCCCUGUCAGAAGCAUAUGCCAGCUCAGACACGGCUGCAGGCAGUGGUGGGGUGGGAGACCCGAAGGUGCCUGGCCGUGCAGAUAAGACCCGACGCAUCGAGCACAGAGAGAGGAGCCCGAGCCAGACCAGCAGCUCCUCGGUACCCGGCCCGACCGAGCAGCCCUCAGCGGGACAGGCCACCAGAUGCGCUCAGAUCCUCCCCAAACCUACCCCUCAGCCCCCGCCCCAGCCUCACGCUCGCCCCAAACACCGACCGUCUCCUCAGGCUCAGAAGGCCUCGCAGGCCGUGAAGAGGCCGAGAGGCAGCAGCGCCGCCCCUGUGGAGCCGCGGAGCGGGGCAGCCGAGCGCAGAGCGCAGCGCGAGUCCGGCGGGGGCGGGGCCGGGGCUGGGGGUGCGGCCGGGGCCGAGGGCGGGCCCGAGGCCGAGCGGGGCCACAGGGAGUACUGGCAGGCCUGCCGCCGAGCCUGGGACCUUUACCUGGCCGCCAUGCCCCAGGCCUGCCACCAGGGGCACCACAGCGCCCACAGCUGGAUGGCCGCUUACCGCAUGAACGCCGUUUACAUGGAGGAGCUGCUCCGGCGCUGACCGCGGGUCCGCCCCAGGGGCGUGCCGUCCGAGGGCUGGGGUACGCGGAGCUGCGAGGCAGGGGCUCACCUGCCACUCCUCCCCUCUCCCGGGGCCUUCCGGAAGAUUGGCUGUUUGUGAUGAGCCGUUACAGACAGGAAGAUGAGAAACGGGACUGAGAGUCGCUGGCCGUCUCAUCUGUCAGCUUAACUGGUGCUUCAGCGAGUCUUACCCGCUGGGAGACUGCUUAGGCUCUGCUUUUGAAAAAUUCCCCGUGUUUAAUUUCAUUGAUAUCUGUCAAGCUGAAUAACUGAUUAAAAGUUUUGGUGAAAAAGUUCAGCGGAGAAGAUAAACUUGGACUUUUAAAGUAACGCUGCAGCAGCACCUCCAAAUGUCGUUAAAAGUGAUUGGACGCCCUUGAAUACAUGUGUCGUAGCAGUGAUGGAGGAGUGUGGCGUAGAAUGAGUUGACAUUGGUGGUGGCGCACUCUGAUUAACUGUAAUCUCCUAGAGGACUUAAGUUAAUAAAAUCUGAUGAUAACAGUC